CGGCAGUGUGACGUAGAGGGAAGAAAACCACCAUUUCAAACAACGAAGAAGAAGAGCAACACGUUGUGUAUUUCCGGUUAGAAAACAUGGCUCAAGGUUCAAAGAAGUUUAAAGCUCAGCGGCCAGGAGCCUCUAAGAAACACCAGAACAAGCCCAAAGGACCCAAGAAAGGAGGAAGGAUCAUUGCACCCAAGAAGGCUGUGGUGGUUGAGCAACAGAAGCUGAAGAAGGGUUUGGAGGUUGCCAUCAGGAACAAGAUCGAGCAUGAGGUGACCCAGAAGGCGAGCUUAUCCCUCCACAAGCCACUGAGUGUGGUUAAGGGGGCUGAAAAAAAGGACCGCCCAGGAGCAGCCCAGCCAGGAACCAGCUCCAAAUAGGACAGGGACCUGAGGCUGAGCGUGCUAAAUUUAAGGACUUAGUCAUGGGGUCAGUGAACUGCACUGAUCCCAUGACUCAGGUUUAAGAUACAUGCCAGCUGCCCUGUUGUUUUUGAUUCCUGAAUGUUUCGGCCAUAGAAAUAUUUUAUUAUUUUAUUUCUGUCGUUUCGGCUGACUUUUUAGUUUUUCAGUGUACAAAGAAAUGUAGAAAAUCAGACAAUGUAUAUAUUCUGGAAAUGAUAUGCGUCACUGGGACAUGGGAGUUACAUAAACCUCCACUAGGGGGCAGCAUAGGACUUUAUUGACUCUCAUGGAGUUUCUGAUUUAUUUGCUUGUUUUUUGUUGUGAAAAUUCUGAUUGAAAUCAACUUGAGAAACCAUGAGUUUAUCACCUUUGUGUUGUACCACCCCGAAACAGGUUUUGCAUAAUUCUAUUGUAUGAUUGUACAGAAAACAAUGAAUAAUCAGAAUAAAAGAAUAUGAAUCUUACACA